AUGGUGAAUGAAUAAAAGAAAAUUGUUUUGGUGAAAGGAUUAAAGAACAUGAAUGUUUAUCAGUUUAGCGUGAUUAAGUCUUUACUGGCCCAGGAUUUAAAACUGACUAGGAAAAAGCAAGAUAAAUACAACAAAAUUCAGAUUGCUAAUGUGAUGAAAAAAAAAUUUCCAGGUGCUACCUCUGUCAACAAACUAAUAGAUGUGUUAGAAGACAUAGAAACAUUUAAAGACCUUGUAAAAGAACUUAGAAAGGAGAAGCUAAAAGAAAAGAAAAAACAAACUGAAGAAGAGACUGGAACAAAAAGGAAUAAGGCAUCUCAGGAGCAGAUUCGGUCCGUGUACCCUUCAGUAACCAACACACCCACAACCGUGGGCCUUCCUCCACCUCCCCAGGUCUGAUCAUCAAUCCCAUCCUCCACUCACUUACCUGAGAACCAGAAAACGCAGGUCCAAAGUAUAGCUGCCAGGAGAAGUGUUCUGCAAAAGGGCCCAAUGACAGUGAUGGUACUGAAAGCAGCAGAGCCAUUUGAAUAUGAGUCACCAGAAGGGGGGAAAAACACAAUGUUUCAUGCUACAGUGGUUACUGCAAGUCAGUUUUUCCAAGUGAAGGUUUUUAACACCAACCUUAAAGAGAAAUUCACAAAGCAGAAGGUCAUUACCAUAUCAGAUUACUUUGAAUGCAGAGGAAUCCUGGAGAUAAACAAAGCAUCGUCUGUGUCUGAAGUUGGUCUUGAUCAAAAGUCUGAAGUUCCAAACAGCAUUCUCAAAAGAGCAAAAGAAACUCCCAAGAUGGAUAGUCUUUGCAAGCAAGCAUGGGGAACAUUUAUGUCUGGGUUGUUUGUGUUAUAUCAGAAAAAAGUAAAUAAGAAGAACAUAAUCUAUGAAAUACAGGAUAAUACAGGAAAGAUGGAUGUUGUGGGGAAUGGAAAAUGACACACUAUCAAGCGUGAGGAAGGAGACAACCGACUUUUCUGCUUUCAACUGAGAACAAUUGACUGGAAGCUGAAACUCACAUGUGGAAAUCACAGCUUCAUCCAGGUCGUCAAGACUAAGAAGAUAGGAAGGACCAAUCAGUUUUCAUUUAAUUCUGAAAGUUGA